AUGAAUGGUGCCGCCCCGGUCCCGGUCCCGGUGCCGGUCCCGGACUGGCGGCAGUUCUGCGAGCUGCACGCGCAGGCGGCCGCCGUGGACUUCGCGCACAAGUUCUGCCGCUUCCUGCGGGACAACCCGGCCUACGACACGCCCGACGCCGGCGCCUCCUUCUCCCGCCACUUCGCCGCCAACUUCCUGGACGUGUUCAGUGAGGAGGUGCGCCGCGUGCUGGUGGCCGGGCCGGCGCCUGCGCGAGGGGCGGCCGAGCCCCCGGACGCCAUGGAGCCCGGGCCCACGGGGCCCCCGGCGCUCAAGGCCGCGCCCUACGGCCACUCGCGGAGCUCGGAGGACGUGUCGGCGACCGCAGCGGCCAAGGCCCGCGUCCGCAAGGGCUUCUCGCUGCGCAACAUGAGCCUGUGCGUGGUGGACGGCGUGCGCGACAUGUGGCACCGGCGCGCCUCCCCCGAGCCCGACGCCGCUCCGCGCGCCGCCGAGCCCCCGGCCGAGGCGCGCGACAAGUGGAUGCGGCGCCUGCGGCUGUCGCGGACGCUGGCGGCCAAGGUGGAGCUGGUGGACAUCCAGCGCGAGGGCGCGCUGCGCUUCAUGGUGGCCGACGACGCGGCCUCGGGCUCCGGGGGCGCCGCCCAGUGGCAGAAGUGUCGCCUGCUCCUGCGCAGGGCGGUGGCGGGUGAGCGCUUCCGCCUGGAGUUCUUCGUGCCGCCCAAGGCCUCCAGGCCCAAAGUCAGCAUCCCUCUGUCGGCCAUCAUCGAGGUCCGUACCACCAUGCCCCUGGAGAUGCCAGAGAAGGACAACACAUUCGUGCUCAAGGUGGAGAAUGGAGCAGAGUACAUCCUGGAGACCAUCGACUCCCUGCAGAAGCACUCGUGGGUGGCUGACAUCCAGGGCUGCGCAGACCCCGGGGACAGCGAGGAAGACGCGGAGCCCUCCUGUGCCCGGGGAGGCUGUCUGGCCAGCCGCGUGGCCUCCUGCAGCUGUGAGCUCCUGACGGAGGCAGUGGACCUGCCCCGGCCCCCAGAGACAACGGCAGCCGUGGUGACAGCCCCACACAGCCGCGCUCGAGAGGCUGUCGGAGAAUCCCUGGUCCACGUCCCGUUGGAGACCUUCCUGGAGACCCUGGAGUCCCCGGGGGGCAGCGGCAGCAACAACACAGCGGAGGAGACAGCGGAGCCAGAGGCCCAGGCCGAGGCCGAGCUGGAGCUCUCCGACUACCCCUGGUUCCACGGGACACUGUCGCGGGUCAAGGCAGCUCAGCUGGUGCUGGCGGGUGGGCCCCGGAACCACGGCCUCUUUGUGAUCCGCCAGAGUGAGACCCGGCCCGGGGAGUACGUGCUGACCUUCAACUUCCAGGGCAAGGCCAAGCACCUGCGCCUGUCCUUGAACGGCCACGGGCAGUGCCACGUGCAACACCUGUGGUUCCAGUCUGUGCUCGACAUGCUCCGCCACUUCCACACCCACCCCAUCCCGCUGGAGUCCGGGGGCUCUGCCGACAUCACCCUCCGUAGCUAUGUGCGGGCCCAGGGCCCCCCGCCUGACCCGGGGCCCUCGCCCAGCGCCGCGCCCCCACCGCCCGCCUGCUGGAGCGAGCCGGCCGGCCAGCACUACUUCUCCAGCCUCGCCGCGGCCGCCUGCCCGCCCGCCUCGCCCUCGGAGGCCGGCGGCGCCUCGUCCUCGUCCGCCUCGUCGUCUUCGGCCGCGUCGGUGCCCGGUGCCCCCCGCCCUGCCGCUGAGGGCCCCCUGAGCGCCCGCAGCCGCAGCAACAGCGCGGAGCGCCUGCUGGAGGCGGCGGGCGGGGGCGCCGAAGAGCCCCCCGAGGCCGGGCCGGGCGAGGGCGCCCGGGGCCACACGCGGGCCGUGGAGAACCAAUACUCCUUCUACUAG